AUGUCACCUCUGAUCUUAGACGACUCCAGCCCAGAGUCCUCGCCAAGGAGCAAGCGGGAUCUCUACUCCUUCGUGGUUCACUCUGCCGAAUACAACGACAUUCAGCGACUUGUCGACAUCGAAUUCUUCGCAUUCGAGAACGAGAAGACCAACCAUGUUCUCUCAUACCGAGACCACAACCAGCCUGAUCACUUCGAGCGGACCAUUUCAUCUUACCAAUCACUCAUGCACAAGGCCAAGAGCUUCCGGCGGCGCGCCAAGUCAAGACAGGCUGAGCGCCGAACCCCAGCAAACAAUGUCACGCAAUUUCGCAAGGUCAUGGACGAGGACACGGGUGUGAUUGUGUCAUGGGCUAAGACAGAGAUGAAAACAUAUACACCAGCAGAGCUGGCUAGCCCAGCGGAUUGUGGUCAUGAGAACGACCCUCAAAUGAACCGAGAUUGGUUUGCAUUGAAUGAGAGGCUUCGACGGGAUUACAUGGGCACAAGGCCGCAUUGUUAUGUGGGCAUGUUGGCAACUCAACCUUGCUUCCAACGAGUCGGCGCCGGCACUCUUCUCCUGGAGCUAAUUUUGGCCGAAGCCGACCAGACCGGUGUCGAGUGCUACCUGGAGGCAACCGGCACUGCGAAGCCACUUUACGAGAGACACGGUUUCGUCGAGGUCAACGUCAUUAGAUUUGACCCUGCCUCAUAUGGCAUUCACGGUUACAACGUGGAAGUCCAGACGAUCAUGGUGCGUCCUGCUCUCGACGAAUCCGGCCGCAGGAAGCAGGUGCGCACCUGGGACACAUUGGGACUCGACAGCGACGAUGAAGACAUGCAGACCAUUCUCUGA